ACCGUGUCACUUGUGUACUGUUAGCUAACUAGCUACUAUAAAGUGAAAAGUGUAAUUCGGAUGCCGGAAUGCAAGACAUGGCGAAACGCGCAGACGUCAAGCCUGGAAGAGAGAACCGGCGUCGGAAACAAAACACCCAACUGUAGUGCACUUCCUAUGCGCCACGUCGGAGCCCAGACCCGGCAGGAAGAGCGGUCAGAGGAGCGAGAGAGAGUGGAACUGCCAUGCAGCCUGCUGCACGCUCCCGUCUCUCAGCGUAUGUGCUGGUGCUGUUGGUUUUGGGGUUCGAGCCAGUGAUCCCUCAGGAGCCAACAGCUCCCACCCCCCCUAAACCAGGCCAGGAGGUCAGCUGGACCCUGGGAUUCCGUCUGUACCGGGCCCUGCGCGCUGAUGGUACCGAGAACCCCCUGUUUUCCCCCCUGAUGCUGGCCGGCUCGCUGGGUGCUCUGGGGGACAGAGCAGGGGGCACGACCGCGGUUCAGUUCCAGCAGAUCCUCAACACCUCUGCACUUCCACUGAAGGACCAGCUGGAGGUGCUGUCCGGGGCCGUGAAAUCCAUCCGCGCGGCAAACGGAACCGGCUUUAACCUCCACAGCUCUUCGGCUGUCUUCACGAAGAAGGCCCCCGUCCUGGACGCGGAGUUCCUGAAGGAGGCGCAGACCCGCUUCCGGCUGGAGCACGUGGCGCUGGGGGCGGGGGACAGCCAGGCCGACUGGGAGGCCCUCCAUGCCUGGGCCGGGCGGGGCAUGGGCGGGGCCAAAGGGGCUCACCCGCCAGGGGACGUUCUGGCAAAGCCAGGGGCCCUGAUACUCGCCCACGCCCUGCACUUCAGAGGUCUGUGGGACAAAGGGUUCGAGGAGGGAAGCCAGGACAUUCGCAGUUUUCUGGGGACUAAGUACACCAAGACUCCCAUGAUGCACUGCGCAGGUGUGUUCCGUCACUAUGAAGACAUGGAGAACAUGGUCCAGGUUCUGGAGAUGGGGCUGUGGGGUGGCCGGGCCAGCCUGGUUCUGCUGCUGCCCUUCCAUGUGGAGCCCCUGACCCGACUGGACCGACUCCUGACCCCGGAGCUUCUGGCAAAGUGGCUCGAGAAGCUGCGUGAGCAGAGCAUGGCCAUCUCCCUGCCCAGAGCCACACUGACCAGCACUCUCAACCUGCAGAAACACCUGUCCGCCCUGGGGCUGACUGACGCCUGGGACGAGAAGAAGGCGGAUUUUUCAGGAGUGAUGGGGAAGGCGGCCGGGCAGGGGGAGCUCCACCUGGCGGGGGUUCUGCACUGGGCCACUCUGGAGCUCACACCACAGGGGGGCGGGGAGACGGAUGAGGAGAAGGUGGGGAAGACCAAGCUGUUCUAUGCUGAUCACUCCUUCAUCGUCCUGGUGAAAGACAAUGUCUCUGGAGCGCUUCUGCUCAUGGGAGCCCUGGAUCAAACAGAGGGGGCAGCCCUGCAUGACGAGCUAUAGGCACACCUGCACUGACACAGUUACGCCCACACUGACACACUCACGCCCACAC